UUGUACUACUCUCCAUUAACAAUCUUCUCUAGCAAGGAGUUCGCGGCUUAGCAGAAACCCUAGUUCCAAAGGUAAGGUAAGGUAGAACUUCAACAAUGGCCGUGCCUCUGCUUAACAAGAAGGUCGUGAAGAAGAGAGUGAAGAGGUUUAUUAGACCUCAGAGUGACCGAAGAAUCACUGUCAAGGAAAGCUGGCGCAGACCCAAGGGUAUUGAUUCUAGAGUGAGGAGAAAGUUCAAGGGAUGUGUCUUGAUGCCCAAUAUUGGUUACGGGUCAGACAAGAAGACUCGCCACUAUCUUCCCAAUGGCUUCAAGAAGUUUGUUGUGCAUAAUGCUAGUGAGCUUGAGAUCCUAAUGAUGCACAACAGAACUUACUGUGCAGAAAUUGCACAUAAUGUUUCCACCAGGAAGAGGAAAGAGAUCGUCGAGCGAGCUGCCCAGCUUGAUGUUGUCAUAACAAACAAGCUUGCUAGGUUGCACAGCCAGGAGGAUGAAUGAGCAUUUUGGCUUUAGAUGAGAUCUCUAUAUUGUUUAAGUGUUUGAACCUGUUCCUUGUGUUUUGUUUAAUUAAUACUCUGUUUUUCCCGAAGUGGAUUUUGAUACAUCCUAUUGCUAUCAAAUGCUUAAAUUUUCAGAUUUUAGUACACCUUU